CAAGAUUCAGCCCGACUCGCAUCGUCUCCGUCCCAUCAUGGACAGCCCCGAACCCGAUACGCCCUUUGCGGCCGUCAGUGCCCAAACAACAAGAGCUGGAAUGCUCUACCAAUCCUACCUGGACAAGUCAACACCUUACAAGACAUACCGAUGGAUUGGAACUGGUGUCGUCUUCCUGAUGUUCGGUCUGCGCAUCUUCCUGGCUCAAGGCUGGUACAUUGUCGCAUACACUCUCGGCAUCUACCUUCUGAAUCUGUUUCUCGCCUUCAUCUCGCCCAAGUUCGACCCUGGUCUCGAGUCCGCCGAGGAUAUGGAGGAGGGCAGUAGCGGAGACCUUCCCACAAAGUCGACCGACGAGUUCAAGCCUUUCGUGCGCCGCCUUCCCGAAUUCAAGUUCUGGCACACUGCCACCCGCGCCGUCGUCCUUGCCUUUUUGUGUUCAUGGAGCGAGAUUUUCAACCUUCCCGUCUUCUGGCCUGUCUUGGUCGUCUACUGGUUGAUUCUCGUUGUUCUGACCAUGCGCCGCCAAAUCCAGCACAUGCUGAAGUACAGAUACGUGCCAUGGGACUUUGGCAAGAAGAACUACGCCGCCACCAAGAACAGCAACUGAUUUCACGCAACUCAAGACAAUACAAGAAACCACAAAUGUCGCAUUAAUGUCACACGAGCUCGCACCGCUUUGUAUUAAGAAAAAAGUGAUGCAUCGACUCUUUUACGGGCCACGAAG